GUUGGAUCAACGGAAUGGAGAACAGCACGCAAGCCAGCACUUCUGUCGAGAAAAGAAAUCACCAUUGGAGAAGUUACAAGUUGAUUAUUGACCCGGCUCUGAAAAAAGGACAGCACAAACUCUACCGUUACGAUGGGCAACAUUUCAGCAUGCCUAACUCCGGAAUCGCUCCUGUGGAUUGUGUCAGGGAUCCCAGAAUAGGGCGAAUAUGGACCAAAACUAAGGAGUUGGAGCUGUCUGUCCCCAAAUUCAAGAUUGAUGAAUUUUACGUGGGGCCAGUGCCUCCCAAGCAGGUCACCUUUGCCAAGCUGAACGACAACAUCCGUGAAAACUUUUUGACCGACAUGUGCAAGAAAUACGGCGAAGUGGAAGAGGUGGAGAUUCUCUACAACCCGAAGAACAAGAAGCACCUGGGCAUCGCCAAAGUGAUCUUUGCCACUGUCAAGGGUGCCCGGGAGGCCGUCCAGCACCUUCACAACACCUCUGUCAUGGGCAACAUCAUCCACGUGGAGCUGGAUACGAAAGGUGAAACCCGCAUGCGAUUCUAUGAACUGCUCGUUAAUGGUCUCUACACUCCUCAGACCCUUCCUGUAGGCACCGAACAGGAUGUAUCGCCAACUGUGAAUGAAACUCUCCAGUUGACAGAUUCCCUGAAGCGCCUGAAAGACAGUAACCUUUCUUCUGCGGGAUCAUCUGUUACCCCAAACAGUAGCACGCCGUUUUCCCAUGACACAGCCUAUUCCAGCUGUCGGCAAGACACCCCAAACUCCUACAGCCAGUUCACCCCACAGUCCCAAGGAACACCUCACACCCCACGGUUAGGGACGCCGUUUUCCCAGGAUUCUACCUAUUCUAGUCGUCAGACAACGCCUGUGUACCAUUUUGGGCAGGACAGUGGGUACAAACCCAGGAGACAUGAAACAAAAUUUACGGAUGCCUACAACCGUCGCCCGGGACAUCACUAUGUUCAUAACGCAGCAGGUGUUUACCGAGGGACGGAGCAUCAGUUUAGUACGUACAAAUCCCAUCAGCAGGAGCCAGUUCAGUUCUCUCACACUCCUCCCUUGAGCCACUCUAGUUCUUCGAGCUACAAAUCUGCUUUCUCUCCCUACCAAGCACCAGCUGUAUUUCCCCAGUCUGAUGAGCAGCAGUUUCCCCAGACUUCCAGGGAAACUGAGUACCGAAGACCUGCGCCACCUCCCACUGAGAUGGUUGUGGAAAGCAGCGCUGCCACUAACAUCGAUUUUGUCCCGAUGAAGGAGAAACAGGAGGAGCCUCCGCCCUUGCCCGAUUCGAACUCUGUUCCUGAACCGAGCACAGCGUCCUUCUCUCAGACUCCAGAGAGAAGCGAGACCCCUGGCACCCCCACCAUGGAGUCAGAAAUGCAACAUAACAGUUUAGACUCAAGGAUUGAGAUGCUCUUAAAAGAGCAGAGAACAAAGUUACCCUUUCUUAACGAGCAUGACUCGGAUAACGAGAUCCGAAUGGAAGGUAGCCCUAUUUCCUCUUCCUCUUCCCAGCUCUCUCCCAUCCCAAUGUAUGGUUCGAACUCUCAGCCUGGUUACAGAGGUCAGACGCCUUCCUCACGCCCUUCCAGCACAGGCUUGGAGGACAUCAGCCCGACGCCGUUACCUGACUCUGACGACGACGAGCCCAUCCCUGGGACGGCUUCUCUGAGUCAGAAUUCCCGGGGGACGUCGGAGGCCAGCAUGACUCCCAUCGAUCAGCUGAGCAGGACCUCCAAAAUUGAGACCUCGGAGGGUAAAGAAAUGGUGCCUGGUGACCAGACUCCAACGUCAGAAAAAAUGGACGAGGGUCAGCAUUCUUCAGGGGAGGACAUGGAGAUCUCUGACGAUGAGACCAAUCCUGCACCCAUCACCAGUGCAGAAUGUGCCAAAACCAUUGUGGUGAACUCCUCUGUCAGCAACACGGCCGUGAUGGCCCCGUCGAUCCCCCCCCUGCCACCACCGGGAUUCCCUCCUCUUCCUCCUCCGCCACCUCCACAGCCAGGCUUCCCGAUGCCUCCACCUCUACCUCCACCACCCCCACCCACUCACCCUGCUGUCACUGUCCCCCCGCCUCCACUCCCUGCCCCCCCUGGGGUCCCUCCGCCUCAUAUCUUGCCUCCGCUUCCUCCGUUCCAUCCUGGCAUGUUCCCUGUCAUGCAAGUGGAUAUGAUAAGUGUCUUGGGCAACCAGUGGGGUGGCAUGCCAAUGUCCUUCCAGAUGCAAACUCAGAUGCUGAGCCGCAUGAUGCAGGCACAAAACACAUACCAGUAUCCGCCUUUCAUGACGGGUCGGAUGCAGUUUGUGAAUCUUCCGCCAUACCGCCCUUUCUCCAUGGGAGCAGCUCUUGGUCGUGGACAGCAGUGGCCACCACUGCCCAAGUUUGACCCCUCAGUUCCACCGCCGGGUUAUGAGCCGAAGAAGGAAGAUCCCCACAAAGCCACUGUGGAUGGAGUCCUCCUGGUCAUAGUGAAGGAGUUAAAGGCUAUCAUGAAAAGGGACCUGAACCGGAAGAUGGUUGAAGUGGUGGCGUUUCGGGCAUUUGAUGACUGGUGGGACAAGAAGGAACGUCUGGCAAAGGCGUCUCUCACUCCAGUGAAGUCUGGAGGAGAACUGGAGGAAAAACCAAAGCCGAAGGAUCGAAUCACCUCAUGUCUUUUGGAGAAUUGGAACAAAGGAGAAGGCCUGGGAUACGAGGGAAUUGGCUUGGGCAUUGGGUUACGAGGGGCCAUCCGGUUGCCAUCCUUCAAGGUGAAAAGAAAGGAGCCACCUGAAGCUGCCUCAGCAGGAGAUCAGAAGAGAAUCCGGCCUUCUACUUCUGUCGAUGAUGAAGAUGAAGAGUCGGAGAGAGACAGAGAUGCUUCUGAUACAACAUCUGACCUGUCAAAGAAGGAUGCAGAAGCAGUGGGGCUGAGGCGGCGACCAGCAAGGCCGCUGGAGCUCGACAGUGAGGGAGAAGAGGGAGAUGAGACAUCAGGGAAAGAGGAAGAGUCUUCCUCAGAGAAGGAAGAGGAGCAGGAAGAAGAGGGAGGCUUGGUGAAAGCAGCACCUGGCAAGGAGGAAGAGGAGGAUGAGGAGGAGGAUGAUGAUGAGGAGGAUGAAGAUGAUGAUGAAGAGGAUGACGAGGAUGAAGAUGAUGACGAGGAGGAGACAGGCAUAGACACAAGUGACAAGGAGGAGGAGCAGGACUCCGAGGAGGAUGUAGCAAGUCCCUCGUCGUCCAAGGCUGAAGUUGAAUCAUCUGAUGAAAGUGAGGACUCCUCUGAAUUUGAGUCAAGUUCAGACUCAGAUGAUGAAGAUGAGGAUGAGGAUGAUGAUGAUGAAGAUGAGGAGGAGGAAGAGGUGGCUGAAGAUCAAGAUAGAGAAGCCAUGGUUGCUGAGACUGAGCAUGAACCUGCUGGUCAUGAGCUUCCUGAUGAUGAGAGGGAGACCAUUUUGGAGCUGUAUCCUGUGGAUGACUACAUGGAUGCAACAGGCUUGGGACUCGUGGAGCCAGCUUUGGCAGUGAAAGAUGAAGGCAUGGAAGAAAUCAAGGCAGGGGAAGGUGAAUGUGGUGAAGUCCCAGAGGCAUCUAUUGCUGCUGAAACACUGAAACACUUGGUUAUGGAAAGAGACCAGGAGACAAAACUUGCGUUGUCUCCCAUCUGCAGGCCAGAGGAAGAAACCGAACCCACUACCAUGCUGGAGCCAGAGGUGCAGGAAGGUCCUAAGCCUGAAUCUCAAGAUGAGGAGGCGGCGCUCUGUCUCUCGACUCCAGUGGGAGUCUUUGGAGAACCUCUGGCCAAUAAAAGCAGCUUCUUUAGCAAGUCUGAUGACAGCAGCUUAGAAGCUCGUGUUAAAACAAAACUGCUCUCUGGAGCAGAGGAGGACGACCGGCUGCCUCGCACGCCUGGACGGGAGGUGAUGAUCCAUUCAGAGACUGAUACUCUUUUGCUCCCAGCCCACAAGGUGCCAUCCUCCAUGCUUCCCUUACCAUCAACUCCCGGCAAGGAAGAAUCUUUAGUCCCUCCAGAAAAGUUCCCUGAACAGUUAAUGGUGACCAAAACGUCCGUGGAAGAGGAGAUUCCUAGGACUCCUGGGCGAGACAUUUUGGCCAAGUCUUCACACCCCCUUGCGAAGUCACAGAGCACGGAAACUGUUCCAGCCACGCCAGGAAGCGACGCUCCCCUUACGGGAAGCAGCUUGACCCUCAGUUCCCCUCAAGUCCCAGGGAGCCCCUUUUCCUACCCAUCCCAAUCUCCUGGCAUUAACAGUGGCAUUCCUCGGACUCCUGGGAGAGAUUUCAAUUUCACGCCUACUUUCCCAGAGGCUGGUGCUACCAUUCCUUGCCUUCUGUCUGGCAAGAAACCGUCAGAGGAUGAGCUAGAUGAGAAACCCUUUAAAGAACCUCUUGGUGCUUCCCUUACGAUCAGCAUGAACAGUGUUCCUUCCCCUAUCCCCUUUGCCAGCCCCCCACAAGCAGAUUUCCACACGGACAUGGGUUUGCCACCUGAUGAGCCAAUACCUGUAGCAGCCCUGCCAUGCAUGCAUGGAGAUGGAAGAAUGCCCAUUGAGGAAUGCAAGGCAGAUGUAAAAUCUGUUUUGCUCUCACCAGAAGUACCCACUGGUGCUUCUAUUCUUCCUCCCCCACCACCACCUUCUGUUCUUCCCAAAAGGAGGCCAGGUCGGCCAAAACGGUCGCCACCUUCUGUCCUCUCGUUGGAUGUGUAUUCGGGCAAAACCAUAGAGCCUCCUCCUGUGCCAGUGGCCUUGGUGGAUAGUGCUGUGGGCAAAGAGCUCUUGAGUGGACAUCCUGAUGCUUUCUAUGGACUGAAAGACCCUGAAGCCGUCACCCUGGACUUCAGGAAUGACGGUUUCCAUGAGAAAAUAGCAACUGAGACAGUUGCAGAGAAACUGCCAUUUAAGGAACUGGAGAACCAGUGGAAUGAAGACUUCAAGGAAGAAGAAGCUCACGCGAAACCUAAAAGACAGUGGCGAAGGCAGAAGAAGACACCUGAGGACCUCCCAGUGAUUCCUUCCCCUGAGUAUUCCCCACCCCGGCCUCAGUUCAGGCCACGCUCCGAGUUUGAGGAGAUGACCAUUUUGUAUGAUAUUUGGAACGGAGGCAUAGAUGAGGAAGAUAUCAAAUUCAUGUGUAUCACAUAUGACCGCUUGUUACAGCAGGACAAUGGUAUGGACUGGCUCAAUGACACCCUGUGGGUAUUCCAUCCUUCUACUAGCUUUUCUACUCCCAAGAAAAAGAAGCGGGAUGAUGGGAUGCGGGAGCAUGUGACAGGCUGUGCACGAAGUGAAGGCUAUUACAAAAUUGAUAAGAAGGACAAACUUAAAUACCUCAACAAUAGCCGAGCUUUUGCAGAGGAGCCUCCAGCUGACACGCAGGGUAUGAGCAUCCCUGCCCAACCUCAUGCUUCCACCCGGGCUGGCUCCGAGAGGCGGUCAGAGCAACGCAGGCUCCUCUCCUCCUUCACUGGUAGCUGUGACAGUGACCUGCUCAAGUUCAACCAGCUCAAGUUCCGGAAGAAAAAACUAAAAUUCUGCAAGAGCCACAUUCAUGACUGGGGCCUUUUUGCUAUGGAGCCCAUUGCAGCUGAUGAGAUGGUGAUUGAGUACGUGGGUCAGAACAUCAGGCAGGUCAUUGCUGACAUGCGUGAAAAGCGAUACGAGGACGAAGGCAUCGGAAGCAGUUACAUGUUCAGAGUCGACCACGACACCAUCAUCGAUGCCACGAAAUGUGGAAACUUCGCCAGGUUUAUUAAUCACAGCUGCAAUCCAAACUGUUAUGCUAAAGUGAUCACGGUGGAGUCUCAAAAGAAGAUUGUCAUCUACUCCAAACAGCACAUCAAUGUGAAUGAGGAAAUUACCUAUGACUACAAGUUUCCAAUUGAGGAUGUAAAAAUCCCAUGUCUAUGUGGCUCUGAGAACUGCAGGGGAACCCUGAACUGAACUCGAGGUUUCUCGUCACACUUGCACCUUCGGCCAUGUCAAAACUGUGGUAACCAGGUGUGGUUGCACUUUGCCAAAAAAAGAGGAAAAAAAAAAACCAACAAAAAACCAUUAAAAAAAAAGGAAGAAAAAAAAAUUUAAAAAGGAAAAAAAUAUUAAAAAAAAAAAGAGAGGAAAAAAAAAAAGAGAAGAAAAAAACCAAGCAAGUUUCGCACUUCUGCCAGGAUCACGAAUGAAAGCAAAAAGCGCACACGCUUACGAGGACUGUUCAUGUUUCAGGUGCUCUUUCCUUUUCAGAUCCAACACGCACACAAAAAGAUGUGCUGAGGUGAAGGUUGCAGUUCUUCGAGAUGUUCCAUUUAAAAAUGGGACAAAACACCAAAUAAAUACUUCUUUGGAUGCGAUCUGAAAAUGUUACACGACCGUUCAGGUAUAGACAGGAUCAGUUUUUCAACUUGCAUUGAAUGUCUCCUGCUUUAAAAGUAGAGAUUAGUUGUACUAAAACCUUUUUAAUUGGCUUGUAAGGGGAAGUUGCAAUGUCAUUACGAAAUGGGAAGAUUAUUUGCAUAAUGAAACAUCAUCUCCCUGCAGAACAAAUGGUACAGCUGUAUUUUUGUAGCCUUUCAAAAUCAGUGAUAAUUGCUGUAUGACCACAGCUCCACUAUCAGAGGUUACAACCUUGCAAAAGAGUUUCCUGGAAGUUUUCUCAGCUGUUAACAUGGAAUUGCCAGGCCUGCACCGUGGAGUGGAGCUUGUAAAGUAGGUUAGAGCUCUGCAUCUGAAUUUCUUCUUUAGACAAAAGGCCUGAAAGAACAGGAACACACAGACUGCUACAAGCUGCCUUAAUACUGCCUGUAUUUCUGUCUGAGGGCGAGGAAAUUGUCACUGAGAUUGGACAGUCCAUGGUCUCAUCUCUGUUUUGGUUUUGUUCUGUUGUUUCCCCCUGCUUUCUAUAAAUCUUCCAGCAAUUGGGUAACGGUGACCCAGAACCUGAAAUUAUGAGAAGCACAACUAGUUUCUGUCAUUGAACAUUGGUUGUAACUGCAGCGAUGGCAGGAGCAUUUGGGAGUUAAACCAGCUGCUCUAUUUAUUUUAUUUUAUUUUAAAUAAGGUUCAUCUUGUUGUGUUGACGCUCCAGUUGGUAUCUCUACAGCUUGGCCUUUUACUUUCAUAGCUUUGGAAAUGCACAGAAGUUUCCUGUGUCUCAGAACUGAAGCCCCUGCAUGCGGCGGUUGUGCCGCUGUCCUUGGCCUUCUUCCUCUCUGGUCCAUCAAACCAGUGUGUUAACUGUGGUUUUGUGGGGGCAAAGACACCCCACAUGGCCCAGCCCCUAUGUACCUGCUGACAGUUUUGUAUUUCCAGCAUGUCUGUGUGCUCUGGAUGGGAUUAGCCCCUGCAGUUUGCCUUAAUUUUUGUUGAGGAGAGGUGGGGAGGCAGGUCACGGUCUUGUGAAGUGAGACCUACGGGCUGGGGUACUUCAUCAUGUUUUUAGGAGCAUCAGAGGGAUUUGGGUGCCAAAGACUGUGAGCACCUAAAUCACUUGGGUACUUCUGAAACUGCCCGUAACCCCUCCCUUUUUAGGAUCCCAAACAAAAAGAUGAGUUUUUGGAAGAGCUGAGACCCCAGUAGCCCCUCAGGAGGAAAUGGAGCUGUUGGACCCACAGCACUUCUGAAAGCCAAACCUGAGAUUGCUCUUUUCUUCCCCAUAAAUCUUGGCCUGCAGAGUCCUGCCUGUGCAGCUUUUGUCUCAGACUGCAAAGCCGCCCCAUCCCCAAACCAGAUCAUUUUACAGUGAGGAUGAUACGUCUGGUUUAGUGACUUCUAUGAGUUGCCGCAGUUGCCCGUGGCUGCCCUGUCCCUGCAAGCUUGGCGGGUCUCACUGGGGCAGGGGAGCCCUGCAGCCACAGGACAUGGUUUUGGAAGCCAUGGAGAUGCCUCUCUCGUCCCUCCUGGGUACUUUGGUGAGAUGAAAGGAGAAAGGCAGAAGGGGUGUGAUUCACACCCCAGCCUGGAUCGGACCCAGCGUUUGCCUCCGUGGUCAGCAGGGGCACUCCAGCAUGGAAAUAGUGGCAAGGACUGAACAAGGAAACUCACCAGUGCGUGCUGCUUUAGAGAGAUUUAGUGAAGUUUUGUUGGCUGAAAAGCUUGUCCCCAAUUUAUUUUCACUUAAAUAGAAACCGAAGACAUAAAAAGAGAGAGGUGUUGACUGUGCUCCCUGCAAAAUCGUAUCUCGCCAAGGGAAAUAACCCAAGAGAACAGUGCAAAACUUUUGGAAAUUCAGCUUAAAUCUUUAGUUCCCCAACACGAAGCUGGUUUGAGUUCAGGGUUGCAGCUUCUAGGAAGCAUGGUCUGUGCUUGCAAAUCCCACCUGCUGCUGCCCAACACCUUCAUUUAUCCAUCUGGUUUGCACCCCUUUGCAAUUCCAGGUUGGUCCCAGUGUAAGUGGUCUGUGACUAUCGGGGGUCUGGGAGGGGAAGGGGCUCAUCUUGCAGAUAUUUAUAUUGUAUAGAGCAGCUUAUUUCUACAAGAAAAAAAAAAAAAAAAAGAAUUUUUAAACUCCAACAAAGUAUACAGUAGUUUCAGUUCUGGGUUUUGUGACCUUUUUCAGGGAUCAUUUCAGUGCAUUUCUGUAUAAAAUAAAAAUUUAAGGAAAAAAGGAUUUUGAAGUAUAAAAAAAAAUGCAUCUUCUGUACAUAGGCAAACUCAAGAAUCUUCUCUUCAAACACUGUUUCUUGUAGAAACAUGUUGAAAUUUUUUUGCUGAUUUCUUUGUACUUCAAGAGCAUGUAAAUAAUUUAUUAAAAGUGACUAUUGUAAUUUGGAGUUCUUUUUAAACAGAUUCCAGCUCUAAAUGAUGCCGAGGAGAUGGGGAGGAAGAAGGACUAAGUAUAGCAAAGGAGCUGGUGGCAUUUACAGCUUGUGUCAAGCUUUGUAUAAUGUAAAUUCUGUAUAAAUAUGUUUUUUUGUCAAAUAAAUAGAUGGAAUUAGAAGCAUUAAGAAACUGAAGACAAAAAAAUUGCCAAGUCAAGGCUUCUUCUUUCCCCCCCCACCCCAGUCUGAAACCUAAUGUGCAAAAUCUAUUUAUUUCAAGCGAGGAAAUGUGUACAGUCUAAUAGACAACCUAAAAUGUAUUUAAGCAAGUUUGCAACUGGAUUUUUUUCAAUUUAAUAUUUGUUUUGUUUUUAUGAGUUUCCUCCUUAAUUGCCACUGUAGUAUUUGUCCAAGUGAAAAGAAACACAUCGUAACGGACACUUUAAAACAAAUGGGCAGUUUUAAAAGCCAAAUGGAAGAACACCCGGCUCCCAAUCCUUGCAGUUUUCUGGUUCUAUAAACAGGUUGUUUUAAUUCACAGUGUGAAAAUAAAGGGCCUCCUUUAAAAGGAGGCAGGUUAAAUGGUUUGCAAUAAAUGGAAAAAAAAAAAAUUUUUUUUUAAGUUCCUUAAAAAAACAACUCUGCUUUGAAGAUUUAGGAUUUCUGCUUUUUCUUUCGUUAAGCAAAUUUAUAAAUUUAGGGAUGUUUUGUGCAUAUAGAAUCUGUCACCAGUAUGUAUCUUGUUUUGAAGAAAGUGUUUUUGUUGUGGAUGUGUCAUGCUGUAUAUAUUUGUUCAUAUUUUUGUGAAUUGAAUACUAUGUACCAUUGUAUUAUAGUAACUUUUAUAAAGCAAACCAUAAAUAUACUGACUUUUCUUACAGAAAAA